AUGCAUUCCCCCAUUCGCGGCUAUGCUCGCUGCGCUGGUCACAUGCUCUUCCAUCUCAUCCUCAUGUUCGGCAUGCUGGUGCGGUUCCUCCUCUCGGGCAGCAUCCAGCUUAUCGACAUGAGUCUUGCUUGGAUUGAGGGUCAAGACACCAAGCACGUGCUACUCUUGGAAUGGCACCCUACUCCUGAGUUUACUCUACCUCUUACUCGACAUCCGCUCCUCUUCACCAAGGCCUUUGCGGAUAGCAAGUGGCUAUGGGACUUCAACAUCAAUAGGAGUCUUCCUCGGAUCAAGGGUGAGGAGAUCAAGCCAAUGCUCUUCUUGGAGUGGCAUACUACUCCCGAGCAUACUUUGUCCAUCGUCACUGUUGAGAACCCAUCGAUCAUCCUACCCCUGACUCGCCAUGCGCUUUUCUUUACCCAGGUCUUCACGAACAGCAAGUGGCUGGGGGACUUCCACAUCACUCUCUUCCGAUCCUUGUUCUUCAGGAAAUGCAUAGAGAUGCAGGUCGCGAGGAUGUUGGCGAAGAAGCCGGGGUUCCUGAUCAACUACGGAAAGACAUCGAUGGUCACUGUGCAGAUCCGCGAGACGACUACUGAGCUUUCAGAUGGUCACUCCGACUCGGAUGAGUACGUCGAUUUGGAGUUUGAUAUCUUGGAUCAAGAGACGGAUGUUGGUAAUGCGGACAGGCAGUUCGUUAUUGUCGCGCCUGAGGUCAAUGAUGAGGAGUCAAGCACGCAGCUCGUCUUCUUUACGCCUCAGGUCGAGCGGGAUGAGCCCACCGUCGACGUUACCCCUGAGACCGAGCAGUCCAACACCAUCCGCCUGCCAGAUCCAUCCACGGUCGAACUUGGCUUCGUACUCCUCCGCAUCCGCUCCACGACCUGCGAGCUCAACGCCGCUCCCGAGACCCUUGAUGUCGAGUCGACCUACGAACUGUUCUACCACAGCACGCUCAACAUUUCCGACAUUCCGUCUAUUCGUGCGCACUACUACGUCUAUGGGUACACCGUCGAGCCGGUGGUACCAGCCUCUCCCAUUCCCCCAACUCUCGCUGUUCAUAACGUGGUCGGUACGGGUCUCGGUCCGCGCGUUACAUAUCCCAGCAGCGAGGUCAAGGCCAAGAACUACUGGAACAGUCUAGGAGACGCGGAUCGCGCAUAUUACCUGCGUCACGUGCGGCUGUACGAUACAUGUCACGGGGACUAUCUAGCGCAGAAGCAGGAGUGGGAGCGCAUACUCACCUACUAUCCAUGGACGCCGCAGAUGCAGACUUUCUUUCCUCUUUGGAAGUAUUGCGAGCCGGUAUUUGCUCAAUUCUCGCCUGCAUUUUGUCAAAACUUGGAUAUCUCGAGGCAGGUGCAGCUGUUUCAUCGCGUUAGGGAGUCUGAGAGCGCGCUGAAGAUGUGCGAGAAGUGGAUUGUUGAGCACAUCAUGCCGGAGGUUAAGACGAUGCUGGAUUGGGAUGUGCAACACGGCGAGUGGAAGACUGAUGUCGAGGAUGCAAAGGCUGCUGCUGUCACCCAGGAUGAAGAGCUUGGGAAGAUAUGGAUGGCUGCAAAGGCGAAGAAAGAUGCCCGUGAGGGAGCUGGAUGGCCGGUUGCGCAGACUGCACAGCUCCAGACUAUCCUCGACCAGGAGAAUGCUGAGGUAGAGAUGAAGGAAAACGAGAUCAGGCGGUGGUGGAAGCCUGCUACACGCGUUAUCAGCAUCACUGUCGAGGACGACGAUGCUCUGAACAGUCUUACUGUCGCCCACUGGACGCCUCGCUUCAAGGUUCUCGACCCUGAGGUCGCAUCUGAUCACUGUUUCUCGCAGUUCGUCCCAGGAAAAGACUUCACGCCUGUGUUCCGGAAGCUUUGGCACUUCGAGAUGCCGGAGACUGAUAUGAUGACCCGGGAGAUGAUGGUCCAUAAUGGCCAAGUCGCUCGCCCCAUGCGCACUUCCCCAGAGGACAUGCGGCGGAUUCGCCAGAUGGUCAACGAGCCAUACAAGGACGCCAUCGACUCGCUCCUAGGUAUAACAUUCGACCAGUUCUCGUGGCUUUGCGCGACGACCCCCAUGGAGGACCUUUCCGGAUGCAUCUGCGACCGCUCCACCUGCGAGCAGUGCUAUCCCACCGCUCCAAACGAUACGCCACCGAUCCGUCUCGAGGCCUGGGAAAUUUCUGAACAGACUGCUGAGCGAGAGCGCGCGUACAUGCUGCGCAACGGCUCCACCAUGAACGGCACCAAGCGCAACAUCGCAAACGUCAUCGAACGCAUCGCCGAGGAAGCAAAGAAGCGCCCCCAGUAUCGCAACCUGAACGAGAUGGUGAAUAUCCAGCUUCGUCGCGAUGCUCGCCGUCAACAGCGUGCGAACCGCCCAAUCGUCGUCCCCUUCUACAAGCCCUUCGAACCCGCCGGAAAGAGUCUCACUGAAAUUGCCUUUAAGGCGUACUGUAUCGUUAUCCUGAGGGAGCUCGACAUGCUGCCAGACGCGCCUCCGCUUCUCCUCAAGGACCUUGGUCUAUGUCGAUACCCAACCACGCCGCAGACAGACGAGGCCGCAUCUCUCGAUUCCAAGCUGCGUGGUCUCAAGCCGAAGACCAAAGACGACCCCGAAGGCCUCCCAUUCGGACCCCUUGCUAUCAAGCGCAAGAGCCACGAGAUCUCCGAAGACCCUGAGCUACGCGAGACUGUGCCAUUUCACGACCGCGUGAUCAAGAAGGUUCAUCGGAGGCUUGUUCCAGUCACGAUCGCGGGCCCGCAGAAGGGUGUCAAGCGCAGCAUCGAAAACGUCCAUACGUACGAAGAGGCCCCGAGCAAGAUACGUCGGACGAGGCGUCAGCAAGAAGGCGAUGACUCGACCUUUUCGUUUGCGUACAAGCGCUUUUGGCCUGACUCAAGCUCAGAGGAUGACUUUGAUCUAUGA